AUGCUUGUGAAUGGAAGCGUUUGUUUGAGUGAUAAAGAUGUUCUAGAACGUAUUUUGCCAACAAUAGUAAACAAAGAAAGUUUUGGUGAGCUUCAAAAUUAUACGUAAAUACAACAAGUUACGUACCCAGAUGAGCAAGUAAGACUAGACUACAAAAUAGAGGACUGGACUUUCCAUAGGCAGAAGAAUAAAUUGGAAGUAGAUGGCGUAAUUUUGUUGAGUUAUAAAGUAAGAAGAUUAUUUCAGUUUAAAACGUUUGUCAUACUGAUUUUAAGAGUAAAUUGUUCCAAUAUUCGAAUCUGAAUCCGUGUCAUGAGAAAAUUCAAUUGAGUAAGUUAUUAUUUCACAUAAAAACUAUUAUUAAUUGUUAAUUCAGCACGCCAUAAUGCAGUUUCUUGGUUGGAUGCUUCCGCUAUUUUAAAUUCUCUUGGAAUAACAAUAAGUGAAAACGUCAUCAAAAUCAGCCUAUCUAACGAUGGACUUAUCGUGCUGUUUGAGAAGUAACAUACGCAGAUGAAAAAUAGUUUAUUCUUGUUAAUUUCAGAAUCGAACAGCAAGUACUUUGUGAAACUUCCUACGAUAAUUUCCCAUUUGGAAACACCUCGUGUCCUCUUAUUUGGAAAAACACUAUCUUUGACAACAAAUACUUGACGUUUGACAUAGAAUCACAAGAACCUUUAAACUACCGGACUCCAUCCCAUGCAGCAAGUCUUUACCUUAAAGACGUUCAAAAUCUCACAUGGGAAAGUGAUCAAGUUCAAUUGACAUUCAUUUUUUCACAGAAUGUUCAAGAAAUACUUGUUCACUUUUUUCUUCCAUCCUUCUUGUUUUUGAUACCUCCGUUAGUUUUUUUUUUAAACCCAGAAAAUCGCGUUGUAUCUCAGAUGGCUCACACUCCUACUGGGGCCAAUGGCAAUAACAAGAUGUUGUAUUCUAAUGACUUCUCUGAUCUUAUUGUCCAUUCACAAUUACGUUAAUCUACCAGAAUUUCCAUAUUCCACUGGAGUCAACGCUUUCUCUUUGUGGAUAUUAUUUUCUUACGUUUUUGUGGUUGCUAUAGUUGUCGAACUAGUGAUAAUCACUUUGUUGGCCAGUGUAGGCCGUUCAAGAACAUGUUGUUACUCAAAGCGUCGUCGUGACAAAUAUGAAAUGGAACCGCUUUAUGAAGAGAUGAAUGAUCUAAGACAACGAAAAACCAGGUAUACACGAAAUUUUUCCUUGUUCUUCUAUUUCGUUAUUGUAGAAAAACAAGGAACUGUUGUCGGCUGGCUGCUCUUUCAUUCGAUAUAA